AUGAACGAAGGGAUGAGACUAGAAGAUGUUCCAGAGUUGAUGCAGAAUAUACAAUCACGGUUGCCUGUAAAAGCAGCAGCCAAGACAAGCGUGUUGUCCAAGUCAUGGCUACAUGCUUGGUCUACAAUCCCUAACCUCAUAUUUCAUGUUCCCGAAGAAGAAGAAAGAAAACAGUUGAUGUUGGUCUACAUUGACAACACACUAAGAAAGUAUCUACGUGACAACAUACCAAUCGAAAGCUUUGAGCUUAAUAUCCAGCUUGGGAGAAAUGAGCAUGCUUCUCUUGCUCAACAGUGGAUCCGUUAUGUGGCAACCAAAACUUGUCUCAAAGAGCUUUCCUUCACAAUCAACUUUGACCAAGUCUCCAUGAAUUUGCCAGAUGAGAUACUCUCGUGUGUAAACGUAACAAAGAUAAGAGUUUGGGCGUCGUAUGUGAUGGACAUUGCAGUUCGGAUGACAAGUAGCCAUCAAUCUCCGAUAAUCAAAUGUGUUUCCCUACGAGAACUGCACUUGUUUCGUGUGCGCAUAAGUCAACAACUACUUGACCAUAUAUUGUCGUCUUGUAGGUUGCUUGAAAAUAUAAAGCUAAAAUCUUGUUCUCAGGAUCUGAAAACCAUCAAGAUUAAAAGCCUUCCUUGUCUUGACAAAUUGGAAAUAUAUACAAAUGAUAUACGACACUGUCCUAGUGUGGAGAUCAAUAAUGUCCCAAAUCUUUGCAUGUUUAAAUGCGAUCUACAGCCUAUGGGAACUAAAGGGAUGGAUAUUCUUCCAUUCAGCAGUGUGCAUUCAAUAUCGUUAGGAAGCAAUGUGACAGAAUUAUGGUUAGGUGGUCCGGGUCUGGUGACAGAUGAUGCAUCUGUGGAUAUGAUCAAAACAGGACUUCCUUUUCUCGAGAGUUUAACCCUUAAUAUGGGAUUUUGGAAGUUGGAAAACUGUCGUUUUACAUUUGCUUCGAUCAAGAGAUUGUCCUUGAUAUCGUUGCCAGACAAUCAUAUCGGCAUACACCUUAACACUCCAAAAUUACUUUUUUUCCACCUCGAUGGCAGCACAAUGCCUAGUCUCUCGUUUCCAAUCUCUACUACUCUUGAGGAAAUCACGUUUCGGAUGAAACCCUAUAAAUCUUUUGAUGCUUCUUUUCUUCUUAAGAUGAGGGAAGCACUCGAGUUAUCGAGGAAGUGCUACCUUCAUAUAGCACCCGUCUGGUACUAUCGUCCGCCGCCAUUGAACAUGGACAUCCUUGAUGAUUUAAAAACAAGGCUCCAGUUUCCUCCUGCUACGAACGUGGAAACUCUGACAUUUGAAGUGUGUAAGGAUGAAUGCCAGUGGGAAAGCUCCCCAUUUUUUCAUGCAUUUUUUGAGAUUUGCCAUCCUAAGCAAGUAAUUGUAAAGUCAGACGUUUGCAAGAUGAUGCUGGGGGAGGUUUUGGAGAAGAAGACAAAAAUAGCUGCGGAUUGGCCGAAUUACGUGAAACAUGUUCAAAUAAGAAGACCUGAUGAAAGAUGGGACACCCUAACAGAUUCCCACACCAGUUUUCAAGAUGGUAGCAGGCCUUACUACGCCGACUUCAAACUUGAGUGGUGUUAA